AUGGCGUCGCUCACUAAAGUCGCACUGAUUGGUCCGCAGCGCCACUGCGAACAAGACCGUCCCCCCGGGCGUCACAAUCACCCAGACCGCUACUCUUCAGCUGAAAGUAUUGCCAAAUCGUUGAAAGGCCGUGACACUGUUGUCGUCAGUAUCGCCACUGAGAUGAUCUCGAUCCAGAAAACCAUCAUCAAUGGCAGCAUACUUGCGGGGGUUCAGCGCUUCAUCCCAAGCGACUUUAGUUUGCUCAACCUUGACAGACGCGCAUCUUCACUGUCUCUGUACCGACCCUUCGUCCAAAUUCAAAACUACCUGAAAGAAAAGGUAAAAUCCCCGCUAUUCGUUGAUUACCCUCAAAAGGGGGUCCAGUUUUACGGAAAAGGCGAUCAACCCAUCAGCACCACCAGCAUGACGGGAAUUGGCAAAGCAGUGGUUGGCGCCUUAAAAAAGGCAGAUCAGAGCAAGAACCGACUGCUUCACGUCCAUGAGGCCGUCAUCACGCAAAGGAAGGUCCUUGAGCUGGCAAAGAAGGCUUCUCCAGGCUCACAGCGGACUGAGACGGCAAUUGAGCCGAGAGAGACGCUUCAGUCAGCUUUCAAGAAUUUUGAAGAGAAUCCAGCCGACUUUACCCAGGUCUUUGGGUUGCUCAAGGCUUUGAUGCUCAGUGGCGAUUAUACUACGGAGUACACCGAGGUAGACAAUGAGCUCGUGGGAUUGCUAAUGUUGACAACCACUGGUUUGGAGGAGAUUGCUCUGUCUCUGUUGGGUCGGCAACCUUAGUCUAGGCUAGGCUUGAUUGACG